AGAGCGUUCACAGGUCACGUGUAAAGCGACGUACCAUGGAUUUAAAUUCGAAUAACUUGGAUAAUUUCGCUUGGUCCAAAUUAGAGUACGACUCUGACGCCGAGAGGGAUCCUAAGAAAUGUGAAAAGCUGCAUUGGAAUCCCGAAAAUACUAUGAAAUUAAUAAAAUCAUUGGAACGCGAAUGCAAGGAGCUGUGGGAUAUCACUCAUCCGUUAAAUAAAGUCAAAAAGGCGCGGCAAUUGAAAGUGGAAUACUUAGCAAAUAUAUUUGCAACGUCGCCGGAAGAAAUAAGUCGAAAGAUUCAUAAUUUGCGGACACAAUUUAAUAACGAACUGAGGAAGAUAAAGCGAAAGAGCGGAUCUCCCGAAGCGAGUGGGUGGGAGUACUUUGAGGCCUUGGCGUUUCUGCGUCCGACCCCUGCAGACCCCCUCGAAACGGCGGAAGCUGUUAAUACAGAGCUAGCUGAAUUCCAAACUAAUGAAGAGUUGCGAGUUUCAUCAGCUACACAGUCUCCAAAUGCCGUAAGACCGAGCAUCUCACAUAUACCCUCGUCAUACUAUGACAGUCGAAUACCUCCGCCCAUGAGCCCUGUGUGGAGAAAACAGUACGAACCCAGGAUACAUACAGCUCCUGCACCAGAUGAAUGUCAGAUAUUCGGUGACUUCGUAGCCUCUGAGUUGCGCUUGCUCCGUUCCAUGGACAGUCGUAAGAAGCUUAAGAGAAUUAUCCAACGUGCUAUAAUCCAAAUGGGAGAAGAAGAUGACCAGGCAUAGCUGCUUUACUUAUAAACAUAGUAAUACAGUCGUUUAUAAAUUGAUUGAUUCGUCGGAAAUAUUUUUUCAACAUGACUUUUUAAUUAUAAUUUUAUUAAAUGA